GAAUUCUUUCCCAGUGUUGGUUCUGUGAGACGCCUCCUGAUGUUGACACCAGCUCAGCCCCCUUUCCACUUCAGGCCACUCUGACGUCUUCUCCAUGUCUGUUCACAAAGAAGCCCUGAGAAACGCAGGGGAGGCGGCUGUGAAAACCAUCUUUCUGCUCCAGGUGGUGGUUGGGGCUCUGGGCAAUGCCAUCCUUUUCUCUUGCAGCAUCUCUCCAGUCUUGCUGGGCCACAAGCAGAGACCCACACAGAUGGUUCUGCCACAUUUGGCCGUGGCCAACCUCCUGGUUCUUCUCUCCCCUGGGGUUCCCCACACAAUGGCAGCUUUUGCGUCAAGAAAGCCCCUGUCCGGUCUCGGGUGUAAGUUUGUGUAUUAUGUACAGAGAGUGGCUCGCAGCACCACCCUGUGCUCCACCUGCGUCCUGAGCACCUAUCAGUCCUUCACUCUCAUCCCCAGGAGAGCGGAGUGGGUGAUGCUCAGAGGAAGGGCCCCCAAGAUCAUUGGUCCUUCCUGCUGCACCUGCUGGAUGUUCAGUGUCUUGAUGUACAUCCUUGUUCCUCUGAAAAUCACUGGUCCUUGGGACACACACAACUAUACUGAUACUUGGGGCAAGUGGUUCUGUUCACCCUUAGCUACUAAUGCAGGCUUUGUCUACCUGUGGUCCGUCUCGGAUGCCGUGUUUCUUACCCUCAUGGGCUGGUCCAGUGGCUCCAUGGUGCUUCUCCUGCUCAGACACCGCCAGAGGGUGCAGUAUAUUCACACCCCCACUGGACACCACAGAUGCCCCCCAGAAACCAGAGCCGCCCACACCAUCCUGAUGCUUGUGGUCACCUUUUUCAUCGUUUACAUACUGAAUUCUACUUUUUCUUUUUAUAUCACUGUUGUUUUAGAGUUUCGUCUGUGGUUGAUACAGACUUCUGAUGUCUUGGCUUCAUGUUUCCCCACUGUUUCCCCCUUUCUGCUGCUCCUAAGGGAUCCUAAAACUCCUAGGAUCUGCUCUGGAAUCAAUAGAAAUAAUGCUUAA